UUUGUCUUUUUUCUUUUAUCUAUUGCCCGUUUGUUGUGGUUUCAUUUUACCUUUUUUGUUUAAGGAGUGUCUGUUACACAGUUUUUAUUAUUUAGUUCUUUUAAUUUUUGAGAAAUGGCUGAAAACUUCUUUAAAUAGAGAUCCAAUAUUACACAGCGAGCCCCAAAAUAAUCAAAAUCAUAUAAACAACGCUGAAGAUAGCUUAACAAGCGAAUGAUAGAUUCGUGACAAUAGUCAUAUUCUCAUAACACAUUUAAAACCGAAAGUGCCUACGAUUACAUUCAAUUUUAAGGCGAUAAGGAACGUUCAGAAUGCAAAAAAAUCGUGACUAUGAAGGUGUCCCACAAGAUGCUCCACCAAUUGUGAGACAGCCACGAGCCACAAUGGGACUGCAAGAGACUUGGAUGAGUAUUCCUAUCGGAAUACCUAACUGUCCAUCUGGCUUGGAAUAUCUAACGGCUGUUGACCAAUUGCUUAUAAAGCAACAAGUGGAUUUGGUUGAAGUUUUUUUCGGCUGUGAAAUGAAAAAUAAAUCAAAAAUAAAGAACUCGGCUGGUGAAAAUGUGUACUUAGCUGUCGAGGACACGCACUGUUUGACCAGAAACGUGUGCGGCUCCUGCCGUCCAUUUGAUAUACAAGUGCUUGAUAAUUUUCAGAAUGAAGUCUUGCAUAUAUACAGACCACUAAGAUGCGAGUCAUGUUGUUUUCCGUGUUGUUUACAAAGGUUAGAGGUAUCUUCGCCGCCGGGAACGGUUAUUGGAAGUGUAGAGCAAGAGUGGUCACUAUUACGUCCAUUAUAUUUAAUCAAGAACGCUUAUGGCGAAGAAGUAUUGCGUAUACGUGGUCCACGCUGUACCUUCAAGUGUUGCGCUGAUGUAGAGUUCAAUAUUUUCGCGAUGAAUGGUGACAAAAUAGGAAAAAUCUCAAAACAGUGGGCUGGCAUAAACAGGGAAGUAUUUACAGAUGCUGAUUAUUUUGGCGUUAAAUUUCCAAUCGAAUUGGACGUACGCAUGAAGGCAGUGAUUUUAGCAGCAACUUUUCUUAUUGACAUGGUGCAUUUUGAAUAUUAAGUAAAUGUUAAAAACAUUUCACCAACUUAGCCAGUACAGCAAGCAUUGCUACGACUUGAAGAAUUUAAUUCCUCUAUACUCAACACGCACAUGAAUAAUUUUGCGCUCGAUAUUUUUUCACUUUUUAUAAUUUCAUGCUAACUACGGAAAUACUUACAAAUCAAAAUGCUCUCAAACAAGCCACCAAACCCCGCCUUUUAUAACUCCGUGACUAUAUAUUUUUUAUUAAUAUUUACAAUAACAAUAUCAAAAGACUAAAGUUAUAUUUAUAAUGCAAGCGUUUUUAAAAUGUUUACAAUAAAGCUACUUUGAAUAUGUACUUAAAUGAGAAAAUUGCAAUAAAUUAGUAUUCUGAAGUGUA